CCUUAAUCACAAACGGUAACACUGAGCAACCGAGCGCGCAAGUAACAACAUUUUCGUAUAGUUCUGCAGACUUUUAAAGCAAUUUGCCGGAGAAGAUGAAGCGUUCCAAGGAUGAGGACAAAGAGAACAGUGCCAGUGCCACUAGCAACUUGAAUUCAAGCACUGGCAGCAACAGCAACGAUGCUGCUGCAACUGUAGGUACCGCCUCAGCGGCUGCUGCCGUUCGCACCACAGGACGCGUCAAGAAGCCCAAGCAAGUUUACGAUCCAUCCGACAAUUAUGCCUCACGUGGGGCCCGCAACUCCACGCCAGCGAAUGCCACUGUGCAAGCGUCGCACUUGCCGGCUCCGGCCACAGCCGCAGUGCCAGUGCCAGUGCCAGUUACACCGCCUGUGGCGGUGACUCUGCCCAAGCCAGAAGUAGUCGCCACUAGUGAUGCCCAAGAUGUGGAAUUCGGUCAGCCAGGCCAGCCGCUUCGUCAGUUCGAUGUGUGCCAAAAGUGCAGCAAAAUGGAAGUGAAGCGUGGCUCUGGCCACAAGAGUAAUUUUCUCGCAUGCAAGAGCUGCCAGCAAAAGUGGCAUUUUAACUGCCUUCCGCUCAAGUUCGAUGUCCUGGCCGUUGCACGCAAGAAGUACAAGUGCCCGGCUUGCCGCUACUGCCGCGUUUGCGGUACUAAGGGCAAAGAUCUGGCCAUCUGCUCUGAGUGCGUAUAUUCGUACCACCGCGAUUGCCAUGAUCCGCCAUUGGCCGCCUCUAGUCUUGGCGAGAGCCAGUGGAAAUGCCACGGCUGCGAGUUCGGCACUAACAACCAUAACAACUAUUCGGCCAGUGAAGUUUCUGGACGCAAAUCACACACGGGCCGCAAGAGGCGCGCCCAGUCGGAUCCCGCUGGUCAGGAGCAGUCGCCACCAACCAAGCAGGCGAAACUUCAGCAAGAAUCGAAGCAGCAGUCGACAAAAGCAGACGCAGACUCAGUCUCAGUCGCCGCCACAGCCCUAGAACCAGCCGCCAAGAAUGGUGAACCAAAGCAAGAGGAAAAACUCAAAAAAGAGAAAGUCGUGGGCAAGGGCGACAGUGAGAGUGAGGGCGAGAAAAAUCGUUUGUCUACGGAUGAACUUAAUGCGUCAAUGGAGCCGUUUGUAGGAGAGGAGAUCAACGAGGAGACCAACGAAGAGCCAGAAUUAAAUCUGGAUGAACCUGUACAAGAACAAUUGGAUGAAAAUGGGCCAGAAAAUCAGGCCGAAGGAGCUCUCCCCGAGGGAGAACCAAAUGACGAGUCGGAAAUGCCGCUGGAGAACAUGGACCAGCAGCCAUUGGAAGCGGCGGUGCCCACUGCCAGCGAUGAUGAUGAAAUCAUUAUUGUCAGUGUUCAGCUGCCACCAGAACCACCAACGGAUGCAGAGCCCAUGAGUCCGGUGUGCACCUGGACUGUUGAGCAGGUGACAACAUAUCUUGCCCGUUUCUAUCCGAACGAAGCUCAGGCAUUUAACACACAGGACGUGGAUGGCACCUCGCUGAUGCAGAUCACGCGCGAGGAUGUGAUAAAUAAAUUCGGCUUUAAGCUGGGACCGGCAUUGCGCGUCUUUCAAGUGAUCCGAAGCCUCCAGUCACGUACUAAUAGUGUAGAUCUGGGCUGGUCGUCCACGUAG